GUUAACACAGCGGCGGCGGCGGCGGCGGCAAACGUCACCCUCCGGCCAAGGCGUCCGCCUAAAGGGAUGGUUUUCUCGGCGGAGCAGCUCUUUGCCGACCACCUUCUUCACUCGUGCUGAGCAGGAUUUUUGGCUCUCCGGGGUUCGGGCUGGGAGCAGCUUCAUGACUACGCGGAGCGGGAGAGCGGCCACACCAUGCGAGCACAAAUUGAAGUGAUACCAUGCAAAAUUUGUGGCGAUAAGUCCUCCGGGAUCCACUACGGAGUGAUCACGUGUGAAGGUUGCAAGGGAUUCUUUAGGAGGAGCCAACAAAACAAUGCCUCUUACUCCUGCCCACGGCAGAGAAACUGUUUAAUCGACAGAACCAACAGAAACCGUUGCCAGCACUGCCGACUGCAAAAGUGUCUUGCCCUAGGAAUGUCGAGAGAUGCUGUGAAGUUCGGCAGGAUGUCCAAGAAGCAGCGGGACAGCCUGUAUGCGGAGGUGCAGAAGCACCAGCAGCGGCUGCAGGAGCAGCGGCAGCAGCAGAGCGGGGAGGCCGAGGCGCUGGCCAGGGUGUACGGCGGUGGCCUCAGCAACGGCCUCGGCAGCCUGAGCGGCGAGGCGGGGGGCGCUUACGCCAACGGACACGUCAUCGACCUGCCCAAGUCCGAGGGUUACUACAGCGUGGAUUCCGGCCAGCCAUCCCCGGAUCAAUCUGGACUUGACAUGACUGGAAUCAAACAGAUAAAGCAAGAACCCAUCUAUGACCUCACGUCCGUACCCAACUUGUUUACCUAUAGCUCUUUCAACAACGGGCAGCUAGCGCCAGGGAUCACGAUGACCGAAAUCGAUCGAAUCGCACAGAACAUCAUCAAGUCCCAUCUGGAGACGUGUCAGUACACCAUGGAGGAGCUACACCAGCUGGCGUGGCAGACCCACACCUAUGAAGAAAUUAAAGCCUAUCAGAGCAAGUCCAGGGAAGCGCUGUGGCAGCAGUGCGCCAUCCAGAUCACUCACGCCAUCCAGUACGUGGUGGAGUUCGCGAAGCGGAUCACGGGCUUCAUGGAGCUCUGUCAGAACGAUCAGAUUCUACUUCUCAAGUCAGGUUGCUUGGAAGUGGUUUUAGUGAGAAUGUGCCGUGCCUUCAACCCAUUAAACAACACUGUUCUGUUUGAAGGAAAAUAUGGAGGAAUGCAGAUGUUCAAGGCCUUAGGUUCCGAUGACCUAGUGAAUGAAGCAUUUGACUUUGCAAAGAAUUUGUGUUCCUUGCAGCUGACUGAGGAGGAGAUUGCUUUGUUCUCAUCUGCUGUUCUGAUAUCUCCAGACCGAGCCUGGCUGAUAGAACCAAGGAAGGUCCAGAAGCUUCAGGAAAAAAUUUAUUUUGCACUUCAGCACGUGAUUCAGAAGAAUCACCUGGAUGAUGAGACUUUGGCAAAGUUAAUAGCCAAGAUCCCCACCAUCACGGCGGUCUGCAACUUGCACGGGGAGAAGCUGCAGGUAUUCAAACAAUCCCAUCCAGACAUAGUGAACACCCUCUUUCCUCCAUUAUACAAGGAGCUCUUUAAUCCUGACUGUGCCACCGUCUGCAAAUGAAGGCGACCAGAGGACUGUCUCCUAGUCACGGAAUGCAUCACCAUUAAGACAAAAGCAAUGUGUUCAUGAAGACUUAAGAAAAAUGUCUACUGCAACAUUAGGAAUGUCCUGCACUUAAUAGAAUUAUUUUUCACCGCUACAGUUUGAAGAAUGUAAAUAUGCACCUGAGUGGGGCUCUUUUAUUUGUUUGUUUUUGAAAUGAUCAUAAAUAUACAACUAGAGGACACUGGGUGUUAUCUUUUUUUUUUUUAUGUUUAUUUUAUUCGGGUAUGUUUUGGGAGACAACUGUUUAUAGAAUUUUAUUGUAGAUAUAUACGAGAACAGAGCGGUACUUUACAUGAUUACUUUUCCUGUUAAUUGUUCAAAUAUAAUUUAAGAAAACUCCACUGAAUAGGCUUACCUAUUUCUAUGUUUUUAGAUAGUUGAUGCAUGUGAAAAUUUGUAGCUGUCUUGGAAAGCACUGUGCAGGUAUGUAAUAAGUAUAUAAUAUCCGAGAAUAUUAUAUAUGAUUAUUACUUACACCUGCACGUGCCCUGUGGCUUAAAACACCAUACCCACUAGUGAAGGAGGUUCAAUCAGGCACUCUCUUAUUAUUUCCCUUCUGUGUUAUCUUUAUGUCAGACAAUCAGGAUUGUUUUCCCAGCCAGACUUUUCAGCUGUCGUCUACAGCAGAAUGGUACCGGUUCAGAGAUAAGUCUGUGAAGGAACAAACGUAACACCCAGCCUCUGAGUAAGAACUCUAGCUCUCUCAGUGACAUCAAAGCCUUGUCAGGAUGGUAAAUAUUGGGGGGGGGGGGGUAGUAUUUGGAGCCAUUUUCCUGUUUUAAGAAUUAGGCCACAGAUAAUAUUGUGGAGUCCAGAACUUUUUUUAACCAAACAAUCACUGUUUCCUAUUUUUCACCAGGACACGCAAAACGCUUUUGUUUUUUCUUUGGAUUUUAGGCUGGGAAAGAAACUGAUCUUGGUGCUCAUUGUAUCUUCAGCAGAAAAAAGCAGCCUGUAGGUUUGAUCACCAGCAAUUUUUUCUAAUAAAAUUAGAGUCACGGCAGAAAUCAGAAGCCAGGGUCCAGAUGCCAUUUCAUGUCAACAUGUCCUCUCUAACCUGUUCUGUUUUGGUUUGGGAUUUUUGGGGCGGUUUGGGUUUUUUUUGUUUUUUGGUGUUUUUUUUUGUUUUGGUUUGGUUUUUUGUUUUUUUUUUUUUUUUGGUUUUGGCAAAGAAGAGGUAGGAAAGAGCACCUACAAAGUAAAGAAGUAGUUCCUUAUAUGCAUUCCCUUUGCCAAGUUUGUUAGAAAAAGCAGCAAUAAAGGGGGAGGCAGGAUUUUAUAUGUCCUUCUAGUGUGGGGCCUCUAAUUUCUCAACUCCAAAAUGCUACACUGUAAGCACAGAGCAAGAACUCGACAGAUAAGGAAAACACAUCUGAGUUAUUCUGUACAACUAAUACACCCCAAAGCCAAAACUAUUUCCCAUGUGGUUUGAAAUCGCAUCAUCCAUCUAGCCAGGGCUUACUUUUCUUUUUUUUUUUUUUUUUUAAGCAACUUGCAAAGCACAGAGUGCAAGAGGCGAGACAAAGCUUAGUGAAUUCAGGCUUCCUAGGACAAGCUUCCCCUCUCCACCUGCUCUCCAGCCGAGUACCAGGAAAGCAUAAACCCCAGGCAGCUUGUUCGGCUUGGGCUCUGGAGGCCGGAUGUCUUGGGUCUUAGUGCAUCCAAAACAAGAGUUCUUAAAAAUGAAGCUAGAACCGAGCUUUGUGUAGAAGACAAUGACAUGCACCAUCUCCCGGAAGCGUAGCCCAGCUGCAGCUCUCGAGGCCCCGCCCUCUCUUCCUCGGCAAACGCACCCGCACGCAUGCGCGCACACUUGCUUUGAAAAGUUUCCAUCAGUGGAAACUUUGAUUUCCUUUUCAUCUCCGACGCUCUCCUAAAGUGACACGGUCUUGAGAGCCAUCUCCGCGAUGCCACCGCACCCCUCCUUGAUGAUCAGACGGUAGCGCUAGUCUUUUCUUCUAGAAAACAGAGCCUUUUCCCACCUCAUGAUUGAUGAAUUCCAAACCAAUGGGGAAAAACAAAAAGGCUUUAAAAUAAUGACUCUCUUUCUCAACUACUGUUAUAUUCAAUUAAUUUAACUACAUUGAACCAAAUUACCUUCGGUGUCUAAGAAGACAGCUGCGCACUGCGUGUUAUGCUGCUGCAGGGACUUGGUUGUUUCUGGUGUAAAUGUCACUCCUGCUAGCUCUUUGUAUAAAGAAUUAAUUCCAAGAGUCAUAUUUCCUUCUAAUGGAAAGAUUACUUUACUGAUUGCUAGGAAAACAGGGUAAUGGAAGGCGCUCAAUUAAACCAAGCCGUUUCCAAAUGCAAUGUAUGUUUUAUGAUUGGCUUGUGAUAGGCAACGCUUAAUGUGUCUACUUGGUGUUUCCCUUUGAGCUUUGAACUUAUGUCAAACUUUGCUUUCAUCGUUCUGUCGGCCUCGUGUUUUCCGUUGUUGGCCUGUAAUUCCUGCUCCGUUGCAAAGGGAAUCAUUUGUUUCCUUCGGUCUACCUUUGAGGAUUUAAAUUGGCUCAAUUGAUGAAGUGGCUGAGAAUUUUUUCCUCCCUCGUCCCAUGGGCGAUGUAGGAAAAGGAUUAUUUCCCACAUGUGCCUCAGGAGGUACCAGAUUUGAAUUUGUUUGUCAUUUCUACCAGUGCGAGCAUUUCACUGGGACAGCAGGAACCUUUUGAAGUGAGGGCACAGGAAACAGCUAGCGACUGAACGACAACAAAACAGUGGCAACCAGUACACGCUCAGGCCACUUCAGCUGAGAAGAGAGAUUUCCAUUUUGCGCCCCAGUUGCCAAAUCUGUCCCUGAAAAGAGAACCAGGUCGUAUCUUUGGUGGCAACAUACGCCUUUCCAAGCUGCCUUUUGAACAUCUCCUAUGACCACAUCUCAAGGUAUUUUGAAAUUUGGUUGAAAACAACUUUGUGUACCACAUGCAAUUUUUGUCCCUUCCCUGCGAAGACGCGCAGGGGUUCCCACCACCUUCAUGAUACAAUGCACACUGGACCAGAGAACCCACCAUCUGUACUCUUCACUUCAUGCUUCGUAAAUGACAAUCACUGCUUGAUGCAGAUAUUGCACUGUACCCACUCAGGGAUGUUUCAUUAAAAAAAAAAAAAUACAUCGGGGGGGGAAUAAAACAGGAAAAUGACAACAAAAUGUAAAUGGCAUAAAUUAGAUAUGCCAAUAAGAGAACCUCUCUGACAAGGCUUUCAGAACAGUAAGCAGUAACUUCGUGUCGUUAACUGUGUGGACUUGAUGGAAAGUUGCACACGAAUAAGGACAACUUGGUCUCAUUUUCUAAAAUCUGCUAAGAGCCAAAUAAUCGAACUGCCCUAUUAAUAGGAAUAUGUGUCUCCCGAGCAAACCCAAGCUCCCUACACAGGUCCUGAGCAGGGAGAAUACAGAAGUCUAAGUGGGGGUAGCUGACUCUGCCAGGGGAGGUAAAGCUGUGUGAAUUCAAAUUCCGGCAUACCUGUGAUCUGGAAGAGGAAAGGCAAAUUUUGGAGGGAAUAUAGGAGAAGAAAGAAUUCCAGAUCUGGCUUAGUCUACCACACUUGGGUGUCCACAACUUGGGUCAUCUUAGUAUCCCUAAUUCUGUGCCCCCCCCCACCCCGGAGAAUGAAAGCUGAGGGUAGAGAUGUACUAUGUACUCUACAAACAUACCCCUUCUGGAUUUCCCUCAUUUGAAAACGGUCUUCAGAGCUCUGGAAUAAAGGACCACUGUGUAGGUAUAAACAGAAUAUAGUGGUCUCUAGGGUAAUGGGACUUCUUGGGAAGAAUCUGUGACACCUUAAAUCACAGGGAACUCUGGACGUUAGUAGCAAGAGGUGCCCGGGACAAACCAGUACAUUUCCUAUCGCAGCUGCCUUGUUCAACACCUAACUUCACAGCAGUGAAGCUAAACUGUUCAUAGAAAACCCACACACACGGCUAGUCCACUCACACACUGCGCAAUCCCAUGUGUACGAGCCUUGAAUGCAAAAGUGACUCUUCCGUCCCAAGGACAACCUAAAACGUAACCAGCUUUUUUUCGAAAACAUCAGAAAGAUGCAAAUGAUGUCAGUGUUGUUGCAUUUGCUUUGUUUCCGUGUAUUACAGAAGGAAAAAUUCCACCGCUAUUGGAAAUUAGGAAAAGUAACUUUUUCCUGACUCUCUUUUCUCUGUAAACAUUUGCUUCCAAUGAAGUUGCCACAGUUGGCAGCAAAUUCAGGCAAGGAUGCCUGUGCCUGACAGAGCCGCCAUUCAACAGAACAGCAAGAGCUGGAAAGUUUGCAUCUGUAGUGAACCUUUGCACAGAGUCCCCUGGACCAGGAAGACCAGAAGCACACCAUCUGCUUUAGAUGAAGUGGUAGUUGAUUUUUUUUUGUUUCUGGCUGCCGAUAGAAGCCACAGCCUGGUAUGGAAAACCACGUGGGUCAUUAGACGGGAGCUGACAACCUAUUUUUGGGGGAGGAGGGGCACGGGGACAGGUCUCAGGACCCAGAGGUACAUGUUCAUUUGAAGCAAGGGUUAAAAAUUCAGAAGCCUAAAAGGGCCAGGGAGUUGAUGCAAAUGAGCGAAAGCAGUCCAGCCGCCAGCUGGCAAGGAAGUGCCCCAUCUGAAAGGGGACAUCCGAUGGCCGGCUAAAGCCCAAGUGUCGCUAAUGCUUCUGAAUCUUACAAUAUCUCUCUGGUUGGAAGGGAUGUCAGUUGACUCAGAGCUGAGGACAGACCAAACAAAUACACCUCCGAGGAGAAGAGGGUCCACUUUGUAACCUCUGGUUUAAAGCAAAAUUGAAUCCCGGGGCCUGUUUCCUGGAGUAAGUCUGGCCAGACAGGACUCCGCAUGAGAGGGGCGGGGAUGCGGAGCUCAGUGGGGUUUCCACAUCUGACUGUCACUCCCAGCAAGAGUUCAGCUGGAAAAACAAAAGUAGUCGAAAAAUGCAAGCGAUCCCAUUUAACGAUGGCUCAUAAGAGACAUCUCUCUUUGUCUCGCCCGAACUCCUAGCUUCCUAGAGCCAGGUGGCUCCAUCUCUCACCACUUUUUUUCCUGAACAUCAAGCACACGAUUUUUCCACUUUUCAGUCUUGAUGUGUCUCUUCUGAUGUGUGGCUUCGAUACCUGUGGCACGUUUUUACUUUCCCUUAGUUGUGUCUGCAGAAUGUAUUCGUGGUCAUGAUCACGCAGUCCCCCAUGUUCUGAAGUGCGGGACCUGGGAUUCCUAUGCAGCCGGUGGAGGUCGUCUGUUUGUGCACUUUUUGCCUAAGCUGCUGAAAAUCCUCCGGUCAAUUGCCCAUAGUAAUCUUUGCCUCCUGCAUGACCGUAAGCUUGACCUCCAGUGGAUCAGAAAAAGCAGCUCAGUGAUUGUUCUCAUGGCCAAAACUAAAGCACAAGGGGACCAGCAUUGAAUAGACCCAGUUGAGGCAGGCGCAGGGUGUCCACACCCCAGCUGGGCAGCAUGACCCUUCUCUUGAACCCUACUCUGUGUCAGUGGCCGGUGGACGGCAUCUGCAUGGCUCUGUCACCACCACACGCAGACACACGUUAGGUAUGUCUGAAAAGCUACAGAUCGCACAUCCAAGCCCAGUACUGUCUGCUUCAUCUGAGGAACACACACACACACACACACACACACGAGUGCAAACCACACCCACAGAAAACUGAGUACGUAUUGUAGAAAUGUAGAGGAAAAA